AUGAGCAAGAGAAAGGCAACUGAGAAACGCGAUCCCGAGGAUGUCGAAAUGGCCAGCCACGAGGAAGACGAGGAUGAUUCCGGUUCUGAUGGCGAGGAUAUCAUCAACGUCGAUUUCGAGUUCUUUGACCCAAAGGAGAUAGACUUCCACGCAAUUAAGAACCUCCUCAACCAAUACUUUGCCAGCGACGCCAUCCUCUUUGCCCUCUCAGAACUCUCCGACCUCAUCGUCGCCCAGUCCAACGUCGGCACGACCAUCAAAGUCAACGGCGUCGAGUCCGACCCUUACUCCCUCCUCACCGUCCUCAACAUGAACCAACACCUUCAUCAUAUCCACCCUACUCCCGCUACAUCAGAAGGAACAGGAGCACCAGCAACGCAGAAGCCAAGCCAAGCGAUGACUCAGAUCCGGGAUUAUGCGUUUACGAAAUCGAAGCAAAAUGAGGGACUGCAUAACAAAUUGAAGGAGCUUUUGGCGGCCGGGUCCAAGAAGGAGGUUGGGUUGAUUUUGAGCGAGAGGUUUAUUAAUAUGCCAGUUGAGACCGCACCUCCUAUGUGGAGGAUGUUGCUUGAGGAAGUCAAGUGGGCUGUUGACGAGGGAUUGCCGUUCAACUUUGAGUACUAUUUGUUGAUGGCGCCUACAUACCAUGAAGUCGCUCCCAAGAUCGAUCUGGACGACGAGGCUCCCAAGCCCACCAAGAAGAAGACCAAGACCGCGGAGCCAACGACAUUCUUUUUCCACCCAGAGGAAGAAAUGCUGCAGCAGUUUGCCGAGUUUACACAGGACUUCAAGUUGACGACGCCACCAACGGUUGCAGAGUCCAAGAACACGUUUGAGGACUAUGGAAUUGCCCCCGCCCGCCGCAUGAUGCUCAUCCACAAGACCAAAAUCCCCGAAGUCGUCCAAUUGAUGGCCAACAACUCUCAGUGGUAG